AUGAACCCAUAAAAAGAAAGUGAAUAACUUCCAAUUGAUUUGUCAUAUAAAUAGAAUGAUAACUAGUUUAUGAAAUACGAAAUGGCAAUAAAUUUACAAGAGUUUGUCAAAUCCUUUAAUUAAAGAAGAUUAGAAAAAGAAUUUAGCUAUUUAUGUUAAAUAACAGAGACUUAAGAACAUGAGAAAUUAUUCUUUUGGAAUGAAAAAACUCAUCAUUUGAAUAGAUAUAUUGAUAUAUUACCAUGUAAAUCAUAAAUGAAUUAAUGAAGGUAUACACACUAUUGUAAAAUCAGAUGUAAAUGAAUAAUUUUACAUUAAUGCAAAUUAUAUUAGAGGAAUAGAUAACAUUGAUAAGUAAUAUAUUGCUACUUAGGGCCCAAUCCAUUCAACUGUUAAUGAUUUUUGGCAUAUGAUUUGGACAAACGAGGUUGGAUUGAUAAUUAUGCUCUGCAAAUUGUAUGAUCAUAAUUAUGUAAAUAUUCUUUAUAAUUAGAAAUAAUGUGAGAAAUACUGGCCAGAUAUAUCAAAUGAUUAUGGGCCUUAUGAAGUAAAACUGAAAAAAUCAGAAGAAUUAAAAUGUGGUUUAAUAUCGAAUUAAUUUAUAAUAAAAUUCCAGUAAUAAGAAAAAUUAAUACACCAUUAUUAAUGGAAUGGAUGGCCUGAUCUCGGAGUGGUUAAUGAAGAUAAUUUUGUCCUCAUUGAUUUUUUGGCAAAUUAAGCUAAUAGUUCCNGA